AUGGCUGAAUUCACAGAAAAUUUGCAUUUGCAAAGCAUUAGACCCUCCUCCUUUCCAUUCUUAGACAUUGAUCCAAGCAUGGAAAUCCUAAACCAAUUCAUUGGGAUGAACCAACAUGUCAUUGACAACUCAACCUUGACUAUGCACAACUUGAUGCCUUUCUCUUGUGACACCUUCUUGGGCCCCCAAGAACCUGAGUUUCCUGGGAACAUGGAGGAAAAUUUCCCAGCCCUUGUCCAUCAUAUCAACCACAAUGCACUUCCUGUUUCCCUCCCCAUUUUCCAAGCAGAAAAUGAGAUUCAUGAAGGUAAAAAGAGGAAAUCAGCGGAACUUCCUGAGACCAGUUCAGCUAACUCAACUCCUGCAGUUUCUGAGAGUGGAAGCAAGAUCAAACAUAGUUCUGGAAGAGGAAAGAGAGCAAAAAGCAAUGUAACAGAAGAGGAGAAAACAAAGGAAGUGGUUCAUGUCAGAGCCAGAAGAGGCCAAGCUACCGAUAGUCACAGUUUAGCAGAAAGGGUUAGAAGAGGGAAGAUCAAUGAGAAAUUAAGGUGCUUGCAGAAUAUUGUUCCAGGAUGUUACAAGACCAUGGGUAUGGCAGUAAUGCUGGAUGAAAUCAUAAACUAUGUGCAGUCCUUGCAGCAUCAAGUAGAGUUCCUUUCCCUGAAGCUUACUGCAGCAAGUACCUUUUAUGACUUCAAUUCCGAAACAGAUGCUUUAGAAACAAUGCAGAGAGCAAGGGCAUCAGAGGCAAAAGAGUUAGGGAAGUAUAAGAGAGAAGGGUAUGCAGGAGUUUCUUGCUUUCAACCAAGUUGGCCACUUUGA